UGGUUGUCCUGACCUCAAUAUGGGGGUUCCGCUAAGAAGUGCCCUGCUUCUGACAAGCCUUCUGGUGACUGUGUCUGUCGCUGCCAACAACAUUUGUCCCCCCUACUCUUUUAAUGAAACAGUGUUGUGUGCCAACGCAAACAGCACAAUUACAAACAUCGCAGACGCUUGUGAAUGGACGUUCGAAGAAUAUGCCUGCACACCAGAGGCCAAUUUAGAUGAAUUUACCUCGGAUCUGCUGCUGAAUUUAACUGCCUGUCCCAGCAGCGUAAUGAGCAAUGAUAGUCUGUAUUCCAUCUUGUUUUUCUCAAAGUUGAACAGUAGCAACGCAGACAUUAUGCUCUCCAACCUAACUGGGCAGUUUCAGAAUGUGAGCAAAGAAUGGAAGAAUUUCUUCUUGGCAGGGAUCUGGCCCAGUAUUUUGCAGAAAGUAAACAGCAGCAACCCUGCUCCUCAGUUGAUCCCAAUACAUGUUGGACCAUUCCUGCCUUACCUUAGUGCGUCAAUGAUGCAGUGCCUGGUGGACAAGAAAGCACCAUGUGAAAACAUUCAGGAAUUGGUGCAGGGUAUUGGUAUUGAAGACCCCGGUAUGACUAUCACCAAUGGGAAAGAGCUGUUUCCAGUCCUCAAGUCAUUGCUACAGAAUUCUUCAGGUAAUGCCUGCUCAAACAACGUCAACUCCAGCAACUGGCUGGCAAAAUACUUUGGGAAAUUUGCUCAGUUUGCGGACUACAAAGACUUUAUUGACCUUAACCCUAACUUCAAUGCUUUGGAUGUAUUGCCGAGCCUGACAGUGCCACAAAUAGUGAACUUCUGUCUGCAGCCAAAUGCAGUGAACAACUCUAAUGCCGCUGGCCAGAUAAUGGGAAUACUGAAUAGUUCUGCCGAUGUCCAAAACUUCCUGACCAACCUCAAUUUAGCUGCGAACAAUAUGAGCUCCAUCCCACGUCCUCUAGCACAGGGUCUGAUCAACAAAACUUUCCAGGUUUUGAUUCCAAGCCUCUCUCCCUCCAACAGCUCUGAUUGGGCAGGGCUAUUCCAAGAUAACCUGAAGUUUGUUCUUCCUGAAAUCACAACAGACCAACUUAAGUUCUUACCCUCAAACUUCUCUUGUGACUCCUUCCAAGUUGUAAUGAAAGCAAUGGACUCCUCAUCCAACCAACUGAAAAAUGUAAAACCGGAGGAUGUUUACAAAGCCGUCAUUCAACCUUAUCUUAAAAACAAUGGUUUAUCCUGCUCACAGAAUGUCAACACCAGCACCUGGGUCACGCAGAACCUUGGGAAAUUCAUGCAGUUUGCAGAGUACAAGGACUUGCUUGCCUUCAAUGCUCAUUUCAAUGCACUGGACGUAUUGUCUAGCCUGACAGUCCCCCAGGUGGUGAGCUUCAGCCUGGAGUCGAACGCUUCAAGCAACACUAAUGCUGCGGGGCAAAUUAUGGCACUAUUUCCAAACGCAGCAGAUGUCCAAAACUUCUUGGUUACCCUCAACUCAGCAGCUGCUCUAAAAAACAUGAGCGCCAUUCAUGGCCCCCUAGCACUGGAUCUCAUCAACAAAACUUUACAGUUGUUGAUUCCAAGCCUCUCGCCCUCCAACAGCUCUGGUUGGACAGGGCUCUUUCAAGAUAAACUAAAGUUUAUUCUGCCUGAAAUCACAACAGACCAGCUCAAGCUCCUACCUCAGACCUUAUCCUGUGACUCCUUCCAAUCUGUAAUCAAAGCAAUGGACACUGCCUUCAACCAACUGAAAAACGUGAAACAAGAGGAUGUUUACAAAGUCGUCAUUCAACCCUACCUCAAAAAUAAUGGAUCAGCCUGCUCAAGGAAUGUCAAUAGCAGCACCUGGAUCAAGGGGAACUUUGGCAAAUAUUCUCAAUUUGCUGAAUACAAGGACUUGGUUGCCUUUAAUCCCAACUUUAAUGGAUUGGAUGUAUUGCCGAGCCUGACAGUGACACAAAUAGUGAACUUCUGUCUGCAGCCAAAUGCAGUGAACAACUCUAAUGCCGCUGGCCAGAUAAUGGGAAUACUGAAUAGUUCUGCUGAUGUCCAAAACUUCCUGACCAACCUCAAUUUAGCUGCGAACAAUAUGAGCUCCAUCCCACGUCCUCUUGCACAGGGUCUGAUCAACAAAACUUUCCAGGUUUUGAUUCCAAGCCUCUCUCCCUCCAACAGCUCUGAUUGGGCAGGGCUAUUCCAAGAUAACCUGAAGUUUGUUCUUCCUGAAAUCACAACGGACCAACUUAAGUUCUUACCCUCAAACUUCUCUUGUGACUCCUUUCAAGCUGUAAUGAAAGCAAUGGACUCCUCAUUCAACCAACUGAAAAAUGUAAAACAAGAGGAUGUUUACAAAGUCAUCAUUCAACCUAAUCUCAAAAACAAUGGUUUAUCCUGCUCACAGAAUGUCAACACCAGCACCUGGGUCACGCAGAACCUUGGGAAAUUCAUGCAGUUUGCAGAGUACAAGGACUUGCUUGCCUUCAAUGCUCAUUUCAAUGCACUGGACGUAUUGUCUAAUCUGACAGUCCCCCAGGUGGUGAGCUUCAGCCUGGAGUCGAACGCUUCAAGCAACACUAAUGCUGCGGGGCAAAUUAUGGCACUAUUUCCAAACGCAGCAGAUGUCCAAAACUUCCUGGUUACCCUCAACUCAGCAGCUGCUCUAAAAAACAUGAGCGCCAUUCAUGGCCCCCUAGCACUGGAUCUCAUCAACAAAACUUUACAGUUGUUGAUUCCAAGCCUCUCACCCUCCAACAGCUCUGGUUGGACAGGGCUCUUUCAAGAUAAACUGAAGUUUAUUCUGCCUGAAAUCACAACAGACCAGCUCAAGCUCCUACCUCAGACCUUCUCCUGUGACUCCUUCCAGUCUGUAAUCAAAGCAAUGGACACGUCAUUUAGCCACCUGAAAAAUGUAAAACAAGAGGAUGUUUACAAAGUCGUCAUUCAACCCUACCUCAAAAAUAAUGGAUCCGUCUGCUCAAAGAAUGUCAACAGCAGCACCUGGAUCAAUGGGAACUUUGGCAAAUAUUCUCAAUUUGCUGAAUACAAGGACUUGGUUGCCUUUAAUCCCAACUUCAAUGGAAUGGACGUGUUGUCUUCGCUCACAGUGCCACAAGUGGUCAGUCUCAGUUUGGAAUCAUCAGCUGGAAGUAACCCCAGUGCCGUAGGACAGAUUAUGGCAUUAUUGCAAAAUACCAAUAAUGCCUACGAUUUCUUGGCUCAGAUCAGUUCUGCUGCUGCAUCAAAAAAUAUGACCACCGUUCCAAUUCCUCUAGCUCAGGGGCUAUUAAACAAAACCUUCCAGACUCUGACCCCCAAAAUCAAUAACUUCAACAGUUCUGAUUGGUCAACACUCUUCAAUAAUCUGAGCCUUGUUCUUCCUGAAAUCUCUCAAGAUCAACUCAGCCUCAUCCCACAGAACAUUAGUUGUGAUUCCUUCCAAGUAGUAACCAAACGUUUGAACUCCGUUUACCAACAAAUGAAACCAGAGAAACAGCAGGCUGCUUAUGGAUCCUUCAUCAAGCCGUAUCUGAAAAAUAAUGGUCAAGCACCAAAAUGCUACAACCAAAGUGAUCCCAACUCUGCAGGCUGGCUUUUGGACAACAUGGGCUUCUUCUUUGCACUGUCUAGCCAGACCGAUCUGUUAACAUUUGCUAAUCAAAACACUCUGCAGCUGUUUGUCAACAACCCAGCCACUUCCCAGUUUGCCAGCCAGCUCAACUUGGAUAAGGACAUUGCUAUUUUCAUCACCACACUAAUGACUUCAGGCGGAAAUACCAAUUUCAGCAGCAUUCCAAGUAAUUUCCUGUGCUUCCUGACACCACAAGCUUUUCUCAAUAUGAAUAGUGCUGAUAUCUUUGACAUCUCCCAGAAAAUCAAUAAGGCUUGUGCUAAAAACCAGACCCAAGGAGCUUCAGCCCAAACCACUGAAGAACUACAGGUCUCAAUUUCCCUUGUCAGCAAGCUGAACAACUUUACAUCAAGCACUCUCAGUGAUCUGGGUCAAACUGCUGUUGGACUAUCCACGUCUCAGAUCAGCAGCAUUAAGGACAGUGAUCUCAAGGGCGCCCUGUCUUCUCUCAGCAGCGUCAGUGGCUGGAGUUCUGGACAAUCAAAGGCAAUCAUGAAUAAGCUCUUCCAAUCUGGUUACCAGGUGACAAAUCUAGAAAGCUUGGGCAGCUUGGUGGUUGGUCUUCCAAGCAAGAAGUUGAUGGAUUUGGAUCCAGGUUUGAUUGUUAAUGCAUCCAAAAACUCUCAGUUUGCAAACCAGUUGUCCAGUGCUCCUUCUUCUCUGCAGACUGUUUUUGUUGCCAAGAUUCUAUCUGCAGAUUCCAAGCCAGAAAACUUUGUCAAAAUGAUUCCCAACGCCAUGGCCGUACUCAUUCCCAAAUCCCGCCUUGCCUUCAAGCCCAUCCUGGAUGACAUUAAUAACAAAGCCUGGGCCCCAGAACAGGCCGCCAUGUUUUUUGACAGUGUUGUGCCUGCCCAAUCCGUCUUAUCCAAUAUUUCCGCCUCGGUUCUGCAAGGGUAUACCUGCGGCUCAAAUAACAAAAUGAGUCCUACCCAAGUCCAGUCAUUGGCAAAGGCUAUGAAGAUAAAUAAUGCCAUCCUGUCAGAAGACCAGUUGAACUGCCUAGCCAAGCCGAUCGUCAAAAUUAGCAGUGAUGCGGACAUGGAGAGUUAUCCAAGAGAAAUAUAUCUGUUUUCCAGCCCUCCAAGCAAUGCGAAUACAACAGCCUGUAAAGCUUUCUAUACCAAUGUCGGUGCAGCAAACAUCAGCAUCCUUUCAGCAGAUUCCAAAAAGCAAAAGAAUUUUCUGCCAAAGGCCUUAUCCUGUUUGAAUGUUACAGGGUUUGCCCUCACCAGUGACCAGAUUCAGAUACUUGGACAAUUAGUCUGCGACCUGAAUGGGACAUAUAUUGAAAAUUCAGACAGCAGUGUAAUAAACCAACUGCCCCAGUGCACUUCCCUCACCGAUGACCAAAAAACUUCCAUUAUUAAAGUGAUCAGCCAGGGGAAAUCAUCAUAUGGGCAACCAUCCACUUGGUCGAAAACAACACUGAAAUCUCUUAAGGGAAUCAUGAGUUUCGCUAACAAUGAAAUCCUCUCGAAUAUUUCCAAUGAUGUCUUAGUAUCGUGGAUAAAAGAUACUUCUGACCUGAAAAGAAGUCAGCUCGCAACCAUUGUGAAGACUUUAUAUCCCAAUAGGGCACGCCGAGCAGCCGGUUGCACGACUGGACAAAUAACAGCAGAUAACAUUAAGGAUAACAGUCUCCCGCUGACUUACCCUACUGAACAAUUAAAUGCUUGCUUAAAUGACACGAUACUAAAAGAUUUCCUGCAAGACCUCGGCAACAAGCCUUUCACGAAUGGUCAGCUGGGAGUUCUAAAGACCCGACUUGACACGCUCUAUCCUAGUGGUUACCCAGAGGAAGUGAUUCCCAACCUUGGGGCCAUCGCCGGUGUCUGUGCUGAAGCAGAUAUCGCAAAGUGGAAUAUCACCUCUGUAGACACUCUGGAGAGUUUGCUGAAGAAUGAUCUAUCUAGCAAUGUGGUUAAAGCCGUUAUUGAUAAAUUCAUUUCUGGAAACUCAUUGAGCACUUCUGCAUUGAACGUCAUUGGCAGCCCAUCCAUUUGCCUUCUGAAUAGCAGCCAGCUGAAUGGUAUCACCCCAAGUGCCAUCGGAGAUGCCAAGCCAUUAAAUGUCAAUCCAUGUAAUCAAACAGUGAAGGACCAGCUGUAUGUUAAGGCCAAUACAUCCUUCCAGAGUAUGAUUAGCGACUCAUCUGCAUACUUCACCCUCAAGAAACCAUACAUAGGUGGGGCACCAGCUACAGAUCUGCAAUACCUGGCUUCCAAAAGUGUUAGCAUGGACAUCGGAACAUUCAUAAGUUUAAAUGUAAACUCAGUUCUGGGUCUAUCAGUCGGCGAUGUAAAAGGCCUACUUGGAAGCAACGUGGCUGAUCUAAAGACUCAGGAAAACAACACAGUUGUAAACACAUGGGCCAGAUCUCAGAGUCAGUCAGCCCUGGACCUACUUGGGAUUGGGCUCACGGGAGGAAGAGCUGAUGCCACUACAUCUACAACAGUGAGCCAGACCACUAAGAAAGUUGGUUCUUCUGCUGUAGCAGUUGCCCUUUCUCACUCCUUGCUCAUCACUGGUCUGAUCGCCUUCCUCCUCUCCUAAGAACAUCACAACGCAUUCAGAACACCAACUAUGUUGUAGAAAACAAAAUGAUGCUACUAAUGAAGAAAUUUACUUAUAAAAUCACUGUCCUACCUCUACCAUGAAAAAUAAAACAAACGUCCUUUUGAAGCCUCUUCUACUGAGAUACAUGAGAAAAUUGCUUUUUUUUUUACUCUUAAACCAAUCAAUAUUCCCAGUAGGCAGCAAAUAUAUGAAAAAAAUAAUGUUAUCCACAUGAUAUUGAUUAUUAUAAAAAUAUUAAAGCAUAUCUAGGUUAUGCUCAAUGCCAAACAUGGUUUGCAACAGCUGAUCAGUCAUGUUGUAUUCGUUCCCAGUGAAGACUUUCUCCCUUCGAGGGGUUGUUAAAGGGAUCCUGUCAUGGGAAAACAUGUUUUUUUCAAAAUGAAUCAGUUAAUAGUGCUACUCCAGUAGA